GCGAAGGAGCGCAGCAACCUUUCGCCGUUGCUCCGCCCCGCCCCCGGAAGUGACGACGGGGCGCGGCCUCUCCGCCGUCCCGUCGGGCCUCGCGCGGCGGCGGCGGCGGCGGGAAGAUGGCGGCGGCGGGCUCCCUGGAACGGAGCUUCUUGGAGCUGAGCGGCGCGGAGCGGGAGAGGCCGAGGCACUUUCGGGAAUUCACCAUCGGCUGCGUAGGGACGGCGACUGUGGCCGCUGGAACCGCCAAGUACAAUGAGAGCGCUGGGGGUUUCUACUACAUGGAAAGCGGCAAAUUGCUGUCGGUCACCAGGAACAGGUUCAUUCAUUGGAAGACCUCUGGAGAUACAUUGGAGCUGGUGGAAGAAUCAUUGGAUAUAAACCUGUUGAAUAAUGCAGUUCGCCUGAAAUUCCAGAAUUGCAGCGUCUUGCCCGGAGGGGUUUAUGUCUCUGAGACGCAGAAUCAUGUGAUCAUCUUGAUACUAACCAGUCACACAGUGCACAGGCUGCUUUUCCCGCACCCUUCCCGGAUGUAUAGGAGUGAGUUAGUAGUUGAAAGUCAAAUGCAGUCGGUGUUCACGGACAUCGGAAAAGUUGACUUCAGGGAUCCCUGCAACUAUCAGUUGAUUCCAACAGUCCCUGGGCCAGCUCCUAAUUCUGCCGCCUCCGCAGCCUGGCUCAGCAGCGAUGGAGAGGCUCUGUUUGCACUGCCGUCUGCUUCUGGGGGUCUCUUUGUUCUAAAACUGCCUCCUUACGACAUGCCUGGGGUGGCGUCCAUUGUGGAACUGAAGCAGAGCUCAGUAAUGCAGCGGCUGCUCAUAGGCUGGAUGCCAACGGCUAUCAGGGGGGAGCAGGGUGCUUCGGACCGAGCCCUCAGCCUUGCUGUUCAUUGUGUGGAGCAUGACGCGUUCAUCUUUGCUCUGUGUCAGGAUCAUAAACUGCGGAUGUGGUCUUACAAGGACCAGAUGUGCCUAAUGGUGGCAGACAUGUUGGAGUAUGUCCCUGUGAACAAAGACCUUCGACUCACUGCUGGGACCGGACAUAAACUGCGACUCGCCUACUCUCCUUCCAUGGGCCUCUGCCUGGGGACGUACCUGCACGCGCCCAAACGGGGACAGUUCUGUGUCUUCCAGUUGGUGAGCACUGAGAAUAACCGGUACAGCCUGGAUCAUAUCUCCUCACUCUUCACUUCUCAGGAGACGUUGGUUGACUUUGCCUUAACUUGCACGGACAUCUGGGCUCUGUGGCACGAUGCUGAGAACCAAACAAUUGUGAAAUACAUCAACUUUGAACAGUACGGUCACUCUCAACUCUGUCAUCCUGCCUCGCUUGAAGCAGUUGCAUGCCAACAAGAUAACAGGAAUGUUGCAGGUCAGUGGAAUCCCGUGUUUAUCCAGCCUCUACCAGAGGAGGAGCUUAUCAUCAGAGACGACCAAGACCCCAGAGAGGUGUAUCUGCGGAGUCUUUUUACACCAGGACGUUUCAUAAAUGCAGCUUUAUGUAAAGCGUUACAGAUUUUCUGCAGAGGAACGGAAAAAAAAAUGGAUUUCUCCUGGAAUGAGCUAAAGAAAGAAGUUACUCUAGCUGUUGAGGCUGAGCUCCAUGGAAGUAUAACAGAGUACGAGCUCUCCCGGGAGGAGUUUCGAAAUCUGCAGCAGGAAUUCUGGUGCAAGUUCUAUGCCUGUUGUCUUCAGUAUCAAGAGGCCCUCUCUCACCCUCUCGCUCUGCAUCUGAACCCCCACACGAACAUGGUGUGCCUGCUGAAAAAGGGGUACCUGUCCUUCCUUAUGCCCUCAUCCCUAGUGGAUCAUUUGUACCUGCUGCCUGAGGAGAACCUGCUGACAGAGGAUGAGUCAAGCAUAUCUGAGGAUGUGGAUGUUGCUCGAGACGUCAUCUGUCUCAUAAAAUGCCUUCGGCUGAUAGGUGAAUCAGUCAAUUUGGACAUGUCGGUUAUGAUGGAAAUGAGUUGCUACAAUCUACAGUCUCCAGAAAAGGCUGCAGAACAGAUUCUGGAAGAUUUGAUCACUAUUGAUGUGGAAAAUGUGUUGGAGGAUAUUUAUAGUAAACUACAAGAGAUUCGGAACCCAAUCCAGGCCAUCGGCGUUCUCAUACGGGAAAUGGAUUAUGAAACAGAUGUGGAAAUGGAAAAGGGAUUUGAUCCAGCUCAGCCUUUGAAUGUUCGAAUGAACCUUUCCCAGCUCUAUGGGAGCAACACAGCAAGUUACAUCAUGUGCAGAGCUGUGUUCAGAAUCGCCAGUAUUCGCUUCCUCAUCUGCCGCGACCUUUUGAUCCUUCAGCAGCUCCUACUGAGGCUGGGCGAUUCGGUGGUUCUGGGAGCUGGUCAGCUCUUUCAGGCUCAGCAAGACCUGUUGCAUCGGACAGCCCCGCUGCUCUUAUGUUAUUACCUCAUUAAGUGGAAUAGUCAGUCCUUGGCAACUGAUGUUCCAGUUGACACACUGGAAUCAAAUCUUCAACACUUGUCAGUGCUGGAACUGACUGACUCUGGUACUUUAGUGGCAAAUAAAUUUGUGUCUAGCCCUCAGACAGUUGUGGAGUUAUUCUUCCAAGAAGUUGCAAGAAAGCACAUUAUCUCUCAUCUCUUCUCUCAGCCAAAGGCGCCUCUGGGCCAAACCGGAUUGAACUGGCCUCAGAUGAUAGCCGCCAUCACCAGUUACUUACUGCAGCUUUUAUGGCCAAGCAAUCCUGGUUGUCUCUUUCUAGAAUGCCUGAUGGGAAACUGUCAGUAUAUACAGUUGCAGGAUUAUAUUCAACUGCUGCAUCCCUGGUGUCAAGUCAAUGUUGGUUCCUGUCGAUUUAUGCUGGGACGGUGUUACCUUGUUACAGGAGAAGGACAGAAGGCACUGGAAUGUUUCUGUCAGGCAGCAUCUGAAGUGGGCAAGGAAGAAUUCUUGGAUCGCUUGAUUCGCUCCGAGGACAGGGAGACAGUGUCCACUCCCAAGCUGCAGUAUUACGAUAAGGUUUUACGUCUACUAGAUGUUAUUGGUUUGCCUGAGCUGGUUAUUCAGUUGGCUACAUCAGCAAUAACUGAAGCAGGUGAUGACUGGAAAAGUCAAGCCACCUUAAGGACAUGCAUUUUCAAGCAUCAUUUGGAUUUGGGUCACAACAGCCAAGCAUAUGAGGCCUUAACCCAGAUUCCUGAUGCCAGCAGGCAGUUAGAUUGUUUGCGACAACUGGUGGUGGUUCUUUGUGAACGCUCGCAGCUGCAGGACCUUGUGGAGUUUCCCUAUGUCAAUCUGCAUAAUGAAGUCGUGGGAAUCAUUGAAUCCCGCGCGAGAGCGGUGGACCUCAUGACUCACAACUACUAUGAGCUUCUCUAUGCCUUUCACAUCUACCGGCACAACUACCGCAAGGCUGGCACGGUGAUGUUUGAAUAUGGAAUGCGUCUUGGCAGAGAGGUUCGAACUCUUCGGGGACUCGAGAAGCAAGGCAACUGCUACCUGGCUGCCAUUAAUUGUUUACGGCUGAUUCGUCCAGAGUAUGCGUGGAUUGUGCAGCCAGCAUCUGGCGCAGUGUAUGAUCGCCCGGGAGCGUCUCCCAAGAGGAAUCAUGAUGGAGAAUGCACGGCCGCCCCAGCAAAUCGGCAGAUUGAAAUCCUUGAACUAGAAGACCUGGAGAGGGAGUGUUCUUUGGCUCGCAUCCGCCUUACUUUGGCUCAGCACGAUCCGUCGGCCGUUACCAUCGCAGGAAGUUCAUCGGCAGAGGAAAUGGUGACACUCUUGGUUCAGGCUGGCCUCUUUGACACUGCCAUAUCACUGUGCCAGACUUUUAAGCUUCCCCUAACACCAGUCUUUGAGGGACUUGCUUUCAAAUGCAUCAAGUUGCAGUUUGGAGGAGAAGCCGCACAAGCUGAAGCCUGGGCUUGGCUGGCAGCCAAUCAGCUGUCCUCUGUCAUCACUACUAAAGAGUCCAGUGCUACUGAUGAAGCCUGGCAACUAUUAUCAAAUUACCUAGAAAAAUACCAAGUCCAGAAUAAUUUGUAUCACCACUGUGUAAUCAACAAGCUUUUAUCUCAUGGAGUGCCUCUGCCUAAUUGGCUCAUAAAUAGUUACAAGAAAGUGGACGCCGCUGAGCUGCUUCGUCUGUAUUUAAACUAUGACCUUUUAGAAGAAGCAGUGGACUUAGUCUCAGAAUAUGUGGAUGCUGUCCUGGGCAAAGGCCAUCAAUACUUUGGAAUUGAGUUUCCACUCUCUGCAACAGCCCCGAUGGUGUGGCUGCCUUACUCUUCCAUUGACCAGCUUCUCCAGGCUCUGGGCGAGAACAGUGCCAACAGUCACAACAUGGCGCUGUCCCAGAAAAUACUUGACAAAUUGGAGGACUACCAGCAAAAGGUUGACAGGGCAACCCGGGAUUUAUUAUAUCGUCGGAACAUGUGAUCUGGAUUGCUACCUAACCUUUGUAAACAACUACUUGGCGCCUCUUGGGACUCCAGACUCACCCACUAGAGCCUGCUUCUGAAGCCCUUUGUCCUGACUGUAAAUGAUAUGUACAGCAUUCGAGCCUGCAUUCUGAGCACGGGCGGAGGCCGAGCCAGCAGGAUCCUGUGCUUUGCUGGUGGUGCUAACCCAAAUUCUGACUUUCAGCCCUGCGCUCAGCUGCUUUUGUAUAUGAGUCACGAGCUUUUUUAGAGUUUCUAUUUUUUUAAACUAUUGAAGACAUUCUUUAUCUACACAUUAAAACCUGCCUUCACUUUCUGAAAGAGCUGCUGGUUAUUGAUUUGCCAAGGCUGACUGCCAGAAGCAGCCACUGUAAAUGUCUUCAUUCUUCCCUGUCAUUUUU